CAUCAAUUAUCACCAUGGCCACACCUGAAAACACGCUUUUGGUGCGUCAUCUUCCAAGUGAACUGACAUCUGUUGAGAAGGAGGGACUACUUCGUCAUUUUCAUGCGCAGAAAGUAACAGUCAUGGUAACCAGCGGGAGAAUGAAAAACACAGCCUUUGCCACAUUUGACAGCCCUGAAGCAGCUAAAAAGGCCUUACAGAGGUUACACCAGCUGAAAGUUUUGGGGUCAGUUUUGGUUGUGGAGUUUGCCAAAAGUGCUGACCAGAAACACUUCCCCAAACUGUCAGAUCCUCCUCAAAGACCCGUUGUUGGUAAAGAGAAGGAAGAUAAACCAGAAGAGUUAUCUCCCCCUGAAAUCCAGCAGUGGAAGCCCCAGCAGGAUGAGGUGUACGAAAAGCAUGGCAUUGACUACCCACGAAACCCAAAUCUUCAUUAUCUCUACCCACAGCCGACGGUGUCGAUUCUCACCAACAUAGCCAAUGCUUUAGCAGGGUGCCCAAAGUUUUAUGUCCAGGUAUUACAUUUGAUGAACAAGAUGAAUCUGCCUGCUCCAUUUGGUCCUGUUACGACAACACCACCUAUUCCAUCUGGAGAUGAAGUCAUUGAUAGACCUGACAUUUUGGAAAUGGAGGAAAUGGAUGUCUCAAGCACGGAGGAAUCUGAAAUUGAAAGUGAAGAAGAUGACAGGCCCAAACCUAGUCAGCCUGUAAUGAAAAGACCAGCAAGAGCCAAUCCCAACAAAGUCAGAAAGCGGAGAAAAUUGGUGAUCCCUGUGCCUCAAGAAAUAACUGCUCCCCGACCCCCUGGAGUCCUUGUUAUCUCCACUAGCGAAAUGUUCGAACAGCCUCAGCAACAACAACAGCCGAAAAAGAUUCAGUUGAUUUUACCCUCCAGUGUACAGAGUGAUGAUGUUGAGAAGGAAGGUGAAGAGAAAACAGAGGGAAUCAGUACAAGGGUUGUGCCAACUGAGCCAGAGGUGGAAGUGGGCGGGUUUGGGAAACUAGAACCUGUUCCACAGCCGGAAGAACCUGCUGAAGAUGAUGCUGAGGAUGAACUGAGAGUGGACAAGUCCAAGUUUGUCAGCUCUGACCAGCUGCGUAGAGGAAGAAUAUCCAGUGAAGAAAUGAAAACGUCAUCUGUGUUCAGAAAUUACCAGGCAGGGGAGCCCACGACACGACUGUACAUCAAAAAUCUCAGCAAGCAAACAACUGAGGAGGACUUGCUCUACAUAUUUGGACGAUACGUGGAUUUGGAGUCAGAGGAAGUUAAGGACAUGUGGGACAUUCGUCUGAUGAAGGAAGGUCGGAUGAAAGGUCAGGCUUUCAUCACUUACCCGUCGGAGAAGCCUGCCAAACGGGCCGUGAGAGACGUCAACGGUUACAUUCUACAUGGCAGACCCAUGGUGGUUCAAUUUGCUCGAUCAGCCAAACCCAAACAACCUGAGGAUGCGAAACCGCUAAGAUGACCAAGGGAGACAACUUGUUCAAGAUUCUAUUCCCUUCCUUUUUUUGUACACGAAUAUUUACUGAAUAAAUUUAUGUGUGAAGGCACAUUUUUGCUUUGUUACAUAGUGAUUGAGACGAAGAGUUUACUAGAGGGGUCUGCGAUGGAAAUGCAGGUAUAUUUUGAAGGAAAACUGUGAAUUGCUGAGACACAGGAGGUGUAGACAUUUAUAUUGGGCAGGGAAUUUGUAGACUCUCUCACUGCUUGUGGGCCUUUGGUAACAAAAGCCGGUCGCUUUCACUCCUGGGCAUUUGCGUUGCGCUAUGAAGUAUCCACCUGUGUUGUUUUUUUUAAUUUCUACAUUCAUAAACCUGCCUACUAUAUGGUCCGUGGCCGAUGGGGUUAUCACUCCAGCGCGGCGCAAUGUCCCCGGAGCCUCUCACCAAUGUGAUCGCUGUGAGUUCAAGUCCAGGUCACGCGGGCUUCCUCUUUUGCCGUAGGCGGGAAGAUCUUCCAGCAAACUGCAGAUAAUCGUGGGUUUCUCCCGGGGCUCCGCCCGGUUUCCUCCCAUGAUAAUGCUGACCGCCAUCGUAUAAGUGAAAUACUCUUGAGUACGACGUAAAACAUCAAU